UGUCUGACCGGAAACAGACCAAACAACAAACGGGCUGUGCGCGUGCACGUAGUGCCGCGCUCGUGAGGCUGCAGCCUCCUCCAUCCUCUGUCUCAUUCAGACGCACAAACACGCGCUUGCUCAUUCACCUGCGUGCAAACAUGCGCGUGCGCCCGUCCAGCCGCUUCUCUCACGCGCUUUCUGCUGAUGUGUGUGUCGGUGCCGUGCACGUUAAUCGGUGUCUUACCGCACAAAUGAGCAGAUUGUCUUCAGGUUGAGGAGCCGAUUUGUUGCUGCAGAUGAUCUCGCAGAAAGCCGCGUCACAUCUCGCGAGAGUUUGACGGCGCGGCGGACUGUGCGGAAGUUCUUUCAUCCUGCAGGAGAAGAAGAAGAAGAAGAAGAAGUAAAAGCUUCUCCUCGUCUCGACUCUCCGGCCAAACACAACAAACCUCCCGCAGAGGAGACCUCCUCACCCGGGGAACAUCCACACCGCCGCCGUCGCCAGCAGCAGAUCCUCCGCCGGCCUCCGGGACCCACGGGCGAUGGCGAGGCCGAGCCACAGCGAUCACGUCCUCCAGCAGCUCAACAACCAGAGGGAGUGGGGCUUCCUGUGCGACUGCCUCAUCGCCAUCGGGGACAUCUACUUCAGGGCGCACAAGGCCGUGCUGGCGGCGUGCAGCUCCUACUUCAGGAUGAUGUUCAUCCGGGACCAGCAGGGGGCGGGCCGCCUGGACCUCAGCAACAUGCAGAUCAGCGCCGAGUGCUUCGACCUCAUCCUGCAGCUCAUGUACCUCGGGCGCAUUGUCGUCGGCAGCUACGAGUUCGAGGAGCUGAAGGCGUCCAUGGCGUACCUGCAGAUGUACUACAUCCCCGACUCGCUGGAGGACCUCAGGGACAUCAGGAGCUCCAACCUCACCCCGUCCUCCUCCGCCUCCGCCUCCUCGUCCUCCUCGUCCACUUCCUCCACAGGACCCGCCGGUGGGAAAAUGAUGUUUGGCGUUCGCAUGUAUGAGAAGCCGAGGCCUCCCGCCCCCGAGGUGGAGCGCAUACCGAAAGCUGUCACCAGCUCUGCCGCACGACCAGCGGUUCCAGUGACCGCCAGCAGACCGGUGGUGGCGGAGGAGGUGGUGAACACUCCUCUCAUCGUGGCACCGCCCGUGGUCGACGGAGCGGUGGAGCAGCCGUGUGAUUUAAGAAAGCGGUCCAGCGCCAGAGGUUCAGCACUCAAAGACCGUCCACGUUUUGGACGCACCUACACCUGCGACGACUGCGGCUUCGUCUUCAGCUGCGAGAAGCUUCUGAUCGAACACAUCCUGACGUGCACCAACAGGAAAGCCUUCAAUCCACCGCGAGGGAGCGCAGACGGGGAGAACGACUCCAGCAAAGCAGAGAGCUCCACAUCAGAGAGCUUAGACGACCACAGGGCCGUCUGUAAAGGCGAGGACGACUGGCCCGGGGUCAAGGUCGACUCUGAUCUCACCAUCAGGUCGGUGGCGGCCGGGACAGACGGCGAACCUGGGUCGACCCGGAGCGUCUCCAUCAAGACGGAACCAGAAGAAAGCGUGUUCCCUGAGAUAGAGAUGGUCCGCGUGGGCGACCGGGACCUGCUGAGGGCAAAGAUGAGCGUUGAGCGUGAACCGGCGCCGAGUGUGUCGGGCGUGGAUAACAGCAGCGAUCCUUUUGAAGGUCACAUGUCGAGCAGUGAAGAUUUGGGAAUCCCCACAAAGCUGCGUAAGGUCAAAGAGGAGAAGCAGGACCCGGACUCCGCCCCCUGCGAGCUGUGUGGCGAUCUGUUGACGGAGGAGGACAAGUCGGCCCACUACCUGUCCAACCACAUGGGUCACAUAUGCGCCUGUGGGAGGUGUGGCCAGGUGCUGAUCAAAGGCCGCCAGCUGCAGGAGCACGCAGAGCGCUGCGGCGAGUCCCAAGGUCGGGAGUCGGACUCAAACGGGGAGGACGAGGCGUCUCUCCUCGAGGAGCCGCAGGGUAUGGACGAGGGUCUGCUGGAGGCCGCCGACCUCGCCUGCUCUCACUGCGGUCUGCUGUUUCAGAGUGAGAGCGUAGCGCUGGAGCACGCCUUGUCCUGCCACGACCAGGAGCUGUUCCGCCCCGCGCUGCUGGACGACGGCGCCGAGCAGGAUCACCGGCGCAAACACUUCUGCAGCAUCUGCGGCAAGGGCUUCUACCAGCGCUGCCACCUGCGGGAGCACUACACGGUCCACACCAAGGAGAAGCAGUUCACCUGUCAGACCUGCGGGAAGCAGUUCCUGCGGGAGCGCCAGCUGCGGCUGCACACCGACAUGCACAAAGGCAUGGCGCGCUACGUGUGCCCCGUGUGCGACCAGGGAACCUUCCUCAAACACGACCACGUCAGACACAUGAUCUCACACCUGUCGGCCGGGGAGACCAUCUGCCAGGUGUGCUUCCAGAUCUUUCCAGGAGGAGAGCAGCUGGAGAAACACAUGGACGUUCACCUGUACAUCUGUGGCGUCUGCGGAGAGAAGUUCCGCCUCCGUAAAGACAUGAGGAGUCACUAUAACUCCAAACACACCAAGAGACUAUAAUCAGAAGCGUCCUCUGCAUUUAUACCAGUUUGUUACUAAAAGCCAUAAAUGUGAGAACAAAUGUAUGCACUUAAAACACCAAAAAGACAACUUUUAAUCUGCACUUUUAAACAUAUGCAUAACCUAAAGAGCCGUUCACACUGCGAGCAACGAGGCAGGAAGUCGAUUGUUCUGUGUGACAAUCUGCAGCUUUGAUUUUAAAACACUUAAAGGCUUUAUAUGAUGAUAUAUAAUCAAGUAUCUCCUCUGAAAAUAACUCUGUGAGUCAUGACUGUCUACAAUGGGUGUAACACCCGAGUCCCACUGUCUGUGAUGUUUUCAGAGUUUUCAGAGUCCUAUCUUCACUUUGUUUACAUCGCCCGGACGGCCGGCUGACUCCUCCCCUCGUGUAUAAAAGUUGUUUAAUUGAGGGACUAGAGAAAAGAAGAAUUACAUACUGUACUCACUGCUUAACUGUGUUUCUAGAUCACGCUCAUUUCAGGUAAAUUUACAUGCAGUGUGAAGAUACGAGCAGAAUAAAGAUCGCUAGCAUUAGCAUGCUAACACAAACAAUGCAGCGCAAGUUGUUUUGGUUUCAUGCUGGUGCUCAAGGGCGACAUCUGCUGGAUCAAAAAAUCACAUAUAAAGCCUUUAAGCAACGGUAUGAGAAUACUGAACCGUUGUCAAGAGUCGAGGAACCAACCACUUAACCUUAGUUAACCGUCCAGAACCACCGCCGGAAUACACGCCUAUCAAAGCUAACCAGCUAAAGAGCUAACGAGACGUACUUUGAUAAUAUUUAUAAAGAAGCGCCGGUUUUAUCGAGAGGGUAUGAUGUUCAAACAUCGCUCAGUAAGAGGUGACAAUCUUUAGUCAAAGAAUCAGAUAAUUCACGUCCGGUCAUGGAACCAGUAAUCUGUGAAUCGACAAAUCGUUUUUGCACUUGAACGCACCACAGUGCACCUGGCUGGAGACGACCCCUGACCCCUGACCUCUCACCUCUCACCUCCUCUUGUCGUGUUGCUCUCAGUGUGAACGCCAAGGCCGGCAGUGAAAGAAAUAGAAACUUGCUGCGUCUGCUGUUUGUUUAAUGAUGUCACAGUCAGGGGGAGGAGCUUAAGAGUCAGUGACUAACACGCUGAAGUUCAAACAACCGUUAACGCUCUCGUUUGAUUCAAGUCAAAAGCUGAACCUGUGAGAAGACGCCAAAGUUCAGCUUCUUUGUGAACCGUCGGGUCUCUCGAUUUGAGUCGACGUUUUCUGAGCUCUGAUGUCAUCUCGUCUCUCUGAACACGCCACACGUUGGCUGAGUGGCGGUACUAGUGGUGGGAAAGCACUCUGAUUGUUUUCUGUAGUUACUCAGUCAGCUUUACAUUCACCGUCCAACGUGCUCUGUGAUCGGUGCCUUUACUGUGACGGCGGCGGCGUCCCCUGCUUCUUCACAGAGAUGCAUGCUGGGGGAUGGGCAGGUGUGAGUCCACACACCUCGUGUUUCAAAGUGAACACUUAAAGAGAUACUUCACCAUGAAACAUGAAUCUGUAUUGACAUCGGGUCAUAUAUGUAGAAAUGUGAAAUACAUUUUGAAGUUGGUGCCUUCUUGACCGAGAAAAGGCAGAAAGUGUCUUUUUGUUUCAUGUGGAUGAAAGACACCAAAUCCCAGAAUGCACUGCACCGCAGGCCACUCCCACUAAGGUCCUCUAGUUCAGAAUCAGAAACACUUUAUUAAUCCCAGAGGGAAAUUCCAUCGUUACAGUUUCUCCAAAAUAUACAGUACAGCAGUAGAAAUCUAACGGGCCGGCCGUCUCGCCGCUGUAUUUCUAUGUUUUCUGCGUCACUGGAAGUUCCUCUUCAGACUUCAGAAGAUUUAACGUCUCGGGGAAAUGAGGGCGAGAUGCACGACCAUUCAAAAACACUAGCAGGUUUGUACUGAUACAAAGAUUCAUGUUGAUGGUGAAGUAUCUCUUUAAAGGUCAGGUCGUAGAAAACACUAGAAACGGUCAGCUGACUGAAACCAGCACGAGGUCCAGGAGCCGGUCUGGAUACUCUGUGGUGGACUUCAAACACAGACAGUUGCCUUCUUCAUGUUUGAUACCAAUGUUGCCCAACAGCAGAGGGAAUAUUUUGACCGGGUUCUCGUGAUGCAUUUUGGGUAAUUUAGGGAGACUAAACGCCCCGGGUUUGGUGAGGGUUAGGGUCUGAAGAAGAGAGGUCAAUAUAUGACUUUUGCCUUAUGAGUCGUGUGAAGUUGUGUUUCACUGCAGUCUGGCGCCGGCUCAAAGAAAGACCCAAACAUUUCAGAUCAUGUAGAAACCAGUUAAAGGUCCACGUCCUUUUAAAAGUGAAUCAGU